UUUAAGAACAUUCAUUUAUUCGAUUUUUCAAUCAAUAAUGAAAAUAUCAUUAGGUCAUAUUUAAUCCAAUCUUCUCCAAUCAUACUAAAAAGUAUUUAUUACUUUGGUAUAUACACAAUACGCACACCUUCCGGACGCCAGUAUCACUCAAAAUCUAUACAGCCACGGAAAAAAUGUCGUUGAACAAGAUAUCUUUACUAUUUCUUUUUUUAAUAACAACUAUAAAUGGACAACUGGAUGAUGAUGACGAUGUAAUUCUAUCAGGGAAGUUCCUCAACUCUUCGGAGGAAGGCGUCCGGUUAAAGGACCGCGGACGGCCUACCAUAGCCUACCCAACCUCUCUUGGGUACCUCUUCAUCUUCAUGACCCUCCUUAUAGGAGUGAUCGUGAGGGCCAUAAUGCUGCGUCUAGGAAUGUGCAUACCGUACAGAGUGGUGAUGUUCACUCUCGGAGGGUUCGCCGGUUUCUGUGCCAAUAGAUAUCCCACCGUCAAACCGAUAGUCCAAGUCUGUUUUAUGGACGUCAACAUUUUGCUCGUAGCUUUCCUACCAGUAAUGAUAUUUCGUACGUCGUACAGUGUCGAUGCGCACUCGUUUUGGAGGAGUAUCCCGCAGAUUUUAUUAGUUGGUGUCCCUGGAGCGUUGUUAACAGCACUCAUGGUGGCAUUCAUGGCUUUUUAUUUAAUAGAAUCGUCGUGGGACUUCGCUACUGCUUUUCUAUUCGGGAUCAUAUGCUCGCCUAUAUAUCCUUUGGAAGUCGUAAGGCAAUUGAAGACUAUGUCUAAAGGGAAGUACAUAGGGGUCUUGCUCCUUGGUGAAGGACUGAUGGGGGAUGUCACAGUCAUGAUCGAGUUCACAGCAGUGUUCGGCUACAUAUCCUACGCCAUGACGGAAGCUGCACAGAUCACAAUAUUCCUUAUAAGAUACGCUGGCGGUGGAAUUUUGUUAGGACUAGUGCUGGGGAAGAUAACGGACACUUUACUAUCCAUAACAUAUAACGAUCUUUUGUGCGCGGUGACAGUAACGAUCGCUGGGGCGUAUCUGACAUUUUAUAUCGGUGAAAAGUUUUUAUAUGUGUCCGGGUUGUUGGGUACAGUGAUUAUAGGCGUUUUAGUGAGUAAUAAGAAGUCGACCAUUGCUGGAGAUGUGGAACAAGUGUUGUCUACGUUUUGGGGGAUAUUGGCCCACGCGGCGAAUACUCUAGUGUUCACUAUGGUUGGCGUGGUGAUAUUUGAGAAAGUUAGUGAUGUGAUCAGUGUCCGGCAGGUGUCGCUUAUAUUUGUGACGUAUACUACGGUUUAUUGCUCAAGGUUGAUGGUAUACUCAGCAAUGACCCCCCUCCUUCGCCACGUGGGGUACGGCAUGACGUGGCAGCACUGCCUGGCGUGUGUAUGGGGCGGGCUCAGGGGUCCACUGUCUCUGUGUCUAGCACUGCUUGUUUUACAGACUCCUGUAUUGUCUGAGGCUGGAGAGAUCUUCAUAAUACAAACAGCAGGUCUAGUGAUCCUCUCCCUACUUCUAAACGCCACGAGUAUGACGAAAGUGCUAAAGGUCCUCGGCUUGGCAGAGAUCUCCCUUGCGAAGAAAGCGAAUAUGACGAAUUGUGUGAAAAGGGUCAUGAUGACCAGAGAUCGAUGUAUCUCUAUGCUGAAGAUGGACAAAUUCCUCGCUGACGCUAACUGGGAUCUGGUUACUGUUGGUACUACAAUAAAGCACCCGUACCAGCUUCAAAUGUCAGGCAGAGACGAGGACAGCGAGGACGACACCUAUAUGGGAUAUCACUACACCACCUGCCCUGAUUGUGAGAGGGAAAUACCUAAUGAACCGACUAAGAAGGAGUUCGCUGAAAUGACCAAGGAGGCGCACCAAAGAGUGCUAAAAGCUCUGAAAAUCUCGUACUGGCGUCAGUAUGAGCAUGGCAAAGUCAGUAAGGAUGGAGUGAGAGUGCUGGUGCAGGCGGUAGAGGUCGCUGCUGACUCCGAGGACGGGAGGGUCAAUCUGGACACUUUAGGGACUCUGUGGAAGCCUAAGGCAUAUGCUGUUUGGCUUCGCCGUAAGCUGGUGAACGUGAUGACUCCCGAAGGUGCUAACGCACAAGUACCUCGACAAAAAUGGCGUCAGCAGUGCUUCAGGAUUGUGACAAAUGUGUGGUUCGACGGGUUUAUAUACUUGAUGAUUCUGUGCAACACCCCCGUCAUACUGUGCGAGGUGGCCAUGCCUGCGCCUGUGUCGCCAAACGCUAUGAUUACCAUCAAGUCACUUAAUUUAUUCUUCUACAUAAUCUACGUGUUAGAGAUGAUCAUCAAGAUGUGUGCGUACGGGUUCUGUGGGUACUUCAAGUCGCACUGGAACAAGCUGGACUUCUUCAUCAUCGUCAUGGCGACCAGUGACUUAAUUCUAGACGUGCUAGAUGCCCUAACGACCUGGGACAAAUGGAGCAACCUGAACUCCAGCUUCAUAACUGCCACCAAGUUGUUGAGGAUGCUCAGAUUUCUACGUCUGUGUAAAUUGGCCAGGGUGUCCGUGCCCAAAAUAAUGGCGUACAUAGACCGCAUGAUUGACAUACAGCUAGCGUUUGGAUACGAUGUCGGAAAGGGUUUCGUUACGGGUGCCCAAGAAGUAUGUACGCUGCUCCCACAGCUAGUCGACAACAAACAAAUACAAGACAUGCUUACAGCACAACUGGAUAACGACAGGUUGGUAGUCACCCGUCAGCUUGGGUUACUCCAGCGCGACAGGCCGUGGACUGCCAUCACUGUGAAGACCAGGCAGGCCACCACCUCCACACUCAACAUCAUGAUCCUCGACGCCAUGCAGCUGAAGGAGGAAGGAUUUUUGGACGAAAUGGAAUACAGAUUACUGCUAAGCGCGAUUCGAGAGAAAAUUCAGAUGUGUCGUCACAAAGGCAGCUUGGUGGCGCCCUCGUCGCCUGAGACUCAACUCCGCGCAGUAUCGUGGCUACAAGGCAACGAGCGGAUAGCAGACUUCUUCUUAGAACAUUCGGACAUACUUAACUUUAAUAUUAAUGAUAUAUUGAUAUCUAGAGGGGACGAGCCAAAAGGCAUGUACAUCCUAGUAUCAGGUCUGCUAGAAGCCACCUACAUACCCCCAGACGAGGAUAUUGAUGAAGCUAUACCCAAUUACGAGUUCAUCACGGACCUCAAGUUCGGGGACCCCAGCCAGGACUAUAUCGUGUCUGGUAACGCUGUGGGAGUUCUUGGGGUGCUAACAAACCGUCCAUAUAGCUACACAGUGCGCUGUGACUCCGCGGUACAAGCCUACUACAUCACCAUGCCCGUCAUUAAGGAAGCAUUCAAUCUAGCUCCACAUCCUAUCAUGGGUCUCGAAGCGUCAAUGUGGCGUGAGAUCGGCAUCAAGUUAAGUAUGAUGGUGCUCCCGACAGUGCCCGCCUACCACGGCUGGCCGGUGGAACGACUCAGUAUGAGGCUGGAGCACGCCUUCGUACCCUGUCUCAAAGCUUUUAAAGUGUUUGUAGUGAACGAGUUGAUGGAAGACAUAGUGCUGUUGGAUGGUAUCUGCCAGGACAUGGCCACCAGAGAGGUGUUCCAGCCACCUGCAUACAUACCCAGGACGGCCCACCGCCUGAUAUUCCCAAAGUCGUCCCAGCUGAUGGUAUCAGGCAGCUGUCCAGAGACCAAACUACUGAUAGUACCUGCCAAGGAUACUGACGAGCUAGAUAUCUUGGAGGACGAGGUCGAUGACCUGCAGUGUGAACUGGUGUCAAAUGUAUCGUCUCGUUGCCUGUACCACCGCGUGGUCAGACGCAUCUCAGUGGAGUCUCGGGCGGCAGUGUCGCGCAGAGGCCGCGGCAAACGACGCCGGGCUGGCAAGAGAGUCAACUAUCGGGAGUCCGUUUGGGGCAAGCAGAUCUCAUCGCAGAUAUUGAACGGUGCAAGCGAGAGGGACAUAUCUUCAAAGUAUUACAAGCCCAGCGUCAGUGAUAUUCCUGAAAAACUGCAAGCCCCGACAAAACCAAAAGAUUUCAUGAAGGCGCCUUCAGUGAAUAUUCCAGUAAUAAAUGAAAUGCGUAGCAGACCAAAUGGCACUGCUACUUCCUCGGGGCAGAAUUCCGAAGAAGAGAUCUACAACACUUUGCUGACUAAUAAACUAAAGAAACCUUCAACUACAAAGGUCAAUAAAGGCAAUACUAAAUAGUGAAUUAUUUUCUACGUCAUUUUGUAUUGGUGGAUAAUUAAAUUAGGCCCAUCAUUACUUCACAUGGCUUGUCUUCAUUUCAUAUAAAGGUAUAAUAAACUAAGACAUAAUUCUGAUAUGUAAUGAAGGAAGUUCAGAGAAAUGAAACGAUUGAUGCGAAACCAGAUAUAUUUCUAUUUUGUCUUAUAAUGGGCAAUUGUAUAAAAGACACAAUUGAUAUU